AUGUCUAGUGGAGCUACCCUAAUUUAUCUUAUGAAGCGGGACCUUAGAGCCACCGACAACCCCAUCUUGUACGGAUUAUCCACCACCGAGCAUGGUUUCACCCACCUGCUGUCCGCUUAUAUCUUUCCAUCCGAUCAUAUCGAAGUUUCUGGUCUUGUCAAAGAUGGGAACAUAAGCCCAUACCUACCCACUAGAUAUGGUCUCUCUCGGCGUUGGAGGUGCAGCCAUCUCUGCGCAAAGUUCAUCGCAGGGUCUCUGUGGGACCUAAAGAGAAAUCUAGAGAAUCUAGGCAGCGGAUUUAUCAUCCUUGUUGGCACUUUUGACGCUGUCCUGAACGGCAUGAUCGGGCACUCCGUCGCCAACCAAGAUGGCCCCCAGAUUACGGCUGUGUGGAUGAUCGUGGACUAUUCACCUGGUCAACAAAGGGAAGAAGAGACUAUUUCUGCCAUAUGUGGCGCACACGGCAUUAAAUUCGAUUGGCACUAUGAUGUGAAGUAUUGCAUGCAUGAUCUCCACUUUUUCGAGGUCGAGUCUGGAAUCGACUGCUUGCCUGUAAGUGGUAAUCAUCACGAGCUUCAACCCUAUCUGGCUCUCGGGUGUAUCACGACUUGGCAAGUCCAUCAAGGGCUUCUGGAGCUCGAAUGCGGCGCAGACCCUAACUUGGCUCAAACUCGAGCCUUCAGGAGAAGCUGCGGCGCCAGGACAGAAAGCAUUCGAUACCAUAUGCUAGUGGCGAACUUUAUUCGCCUCAGUUUAACGAAACAUGGUAGCGAGUUGUACAAGAUUGAGGGCGCUGGGAUGGGCAAAACCUCACUCAAGACGUGGAAAUCAUCCGCCAUACAAGAGCUCGACAGGCCGGGUCAAGUAGUCGGCUCUGUAGUCAGCAUGAUCCAGCUGCUGAUGGGCCUCACCGGCUUUAGCCUUGUCGAUGCCAGUCAACUGUGUACUCGUGGAGAGGGGGUAGCGAGAGGUUUCUUCGCAUGGUACGGCGCAGAGUACGUGUCAUUACUGUCCACUGAUCAUGAUCCUUUGUUGCACUUCUACAGGCAAAAGCGUGCGGGAGUUGGCCCCAGCUAUGAGGCCCAGGGCUACAAAAUCUCUCCUGCCAAAGUUUCCCGGAAGGUCAGCCUCGACGGGAUCUUUUUUCGGAGGCGGAUACCCGAGCUGCGAAACCUCCCCAGAAAGAAAAACGUUUUUCAAGUGAACGCCACUGCAUCCUCGCAGUUACAGCAGUGUAGUCUGGCAUCCAGCAUCAUGGUGACUCAUGACGUGCCAUGCACUAUGGCUGUUGACCCUACAACGGAGACCACCAAUGCUAAUAGAGCUCAGGUGGAGGAUACCGUGGCUUUAGCUCGAAGGGAAGGCGGAUCUAUUCAUAUUGCGGACAUUCCCAAAGAAAGGGGAGCGGAGCUUGAAGCUUUCGGAUCUGGAUUUGGAAUUGAAGUUCCAAGAUUUCUUGAGGCGCCACUUGGGCUUCCAGAACCAACUGAACUGCCUCAGGGACCACCUCCUAGACCUCGGGGCGCAUUUUUUCCCUUUCGUUCUGGCCGUGCUGAGGUUAAAGCGCAGGUGGCUUCGACGGCAUGGACACCUACGCCACCAGCAGAAGCAACUGUGCUUUGGAACGGCAUGAUUCUUCAGCAGAGAAAUACUUCAGGUCACCACCCAGGAGUAGCGUUGCCAUCGCCAUCUCAUCAACAGACUAGUGACCCUCUCAUUCGCCAAUAUAUUAAACGUCUUUACCUACAACGUCCUCCAGCACAGCUUCCACAGCCACUCCCAGCUCAGCCUUCCAUUUGUCAGAUGGAUAUUCCGGCCUCCCAGCUGAGCAACAAGAGCUAUCAUGUGGCAGCAUCUCUCCGUCCACAAUCUCUGCCUCCUCCUCUGCCAGCCCCUGUGGAUGCAUAUAUUCCGCCACUUCAACAGCGGAACCUGAGUGGGAAUCAGAAUCCAACCCGUAUAUUACCUUAUCGACCAGCAGCGCCAUCGCCUCCUUCUCCUUCUCCUCCACCACCACCACCGCCGCCAACUCUAUCCUCUGCAAUUCCCCACCGGUUCCAUGCGCCUCAGGUUUCACUUCCACGAGAUGAGCCUCCGAGAGUUUCUUUGGAGGGAAAUUUGCCUCCUGUAAUUAUGAUCCCUCUUCGUCGAGGCCCUCGGAGACUUCGCCCAAGAAUUGCUGUGAUACCUCACCCAGCACUCGCGGGGUUUCUACCCGUUGUUGCUGAACUAGAAAUUAUACGCUAUUAUAUAACACAGUUGAGACAAACAAGGUUUCGGGAGAGUUCAUCCCAUACGUUGAUUGAUCUUCCUUUUCUCGACAGCAGUCGGAUGCAUAUUGUGCCCUGUCCUCGUGGAGUUGUGCCUCUCCGAGGCGACCCUGACUUUGACAUCUUCCGCGAACCACCUCCUUCCGCUGCUCCGGAAGAUGUUGACUUGGACGCCUUUGAUGAGCUUAUUGACGAAGUGGAAGAUGAUGAGGCUGCUUUUCAGGGUACCUGUAUUCGGCAUGGACGCAGAGACCCGAGACUUUUGCGCCCCUAUCGUGGGCCACGUCACCCUUUCCGAUUUAACUCUCGGUAUCGUUGA